AUGAAUGGGGCCCUUUGUUUCACAGAAACACGAGCCAUUGUACUUCUAAGUGUAUUCAGCAAGUGGUAUAGCAGUUGUCUAGCACAACUUUUGGAGAGGCAUGUCAGAUCGAUUGAUGGCCCCAAGCACUGUCAAUUAUAUGGAUUCAUGCCUGGAAGGAGAACCCACGAGGUGACGAGUGGCCUCAAUAAUAUUGUGAGGCACGCGGCCAUGUGGGGCAAAUCGUACUCGCUAUCUUGGGCGUCACUCGAUGUCGCCAGAGCCUUCGACAAUUUCACCAUACCUUGUGCGGCGGAGGCUAUGAGGUUCUCCAACGUCGACCCAUAUUUUGCAUAUGCAGUGCUCGAAGGAUAUACGAAUAAUAUGGCCACACAUCGUUUUCAGGAGAUCGAUACGUCCAAUAUUCCUUGGGACAGUUGUAUCAGAACUGGAUCGAUGGAAGCCCCAAUGUUGUGGGUGCUCGUCAGCAUUAUGAUAUCCGAGCCGGUGUGUACUGGAUGGUUUGAGCGCGGCCUGGGAUAUCCUUUAGGAACUGUUGGGGCGCCAAACGACUGGAAUAUCACUAACAUGUUAUGGGCUGACAAUGUACUCUUGUUUGCAGCUUCGGAUGAUCAGGCGACGCGGCUUUGA